GUUGUUGUUGCAUUGUUUCCCACCAGGAAGCUAGCGGGGCAAGCAAUCCCUAUCGUAUUCGGACAAAACCUUUAGCCGGAGGCAACCGCACGGACAGAAGUCUGCUGGAGCCGCAGCAUUACGGAACGUCCGCGUUUAGUGCCAUCGUGAGCGGUGCAAGAAGAUAGAGCUGUGUUAGGCUCUGACAUUGGGCAGAGGAUCAUUCAGAGGUUUACUUUCAUCUAGCAAUCAGCCCAUUGAUCAGGUCAUCGUCAAAUAAAUAGUAGUUUGUGCAUGUGUGUGUGUGAACAGUGAUUGUGAUGGUGUAAGUUGUGAGAAACCCGUUAACACAGUAGCAGAAGCACCAUUACCUGAAAUCGUCGAAGCCAUCAAUACCCAGCAAGUGUAUAGUGCAGUUAAGGUGAAAUGGUGCCCGAAAAGGAUGUGGAUGUAUUUGAUGAGCCCCGGGAGCAGACGGGCAGUGGGAAUGGUGUGGUUGGUGAAGGCAGGGAAGGAACAGAUCGAGCGGAGGAUGAUGAUCGUACCGGUCAUGAUCAGGUGACCGAACAGGUGACGGUGGGUGAGCGUAAAGGCAGCUACGCCGUGUACAACAAUGGCAAGAAGGCGGAAAAGGUACCGGAGAUGGAGAAGAUGCUGCCGGAGGACGUGGAGGACAUGUACCGGGACAUGCCAGUGACCAAGGAUACGAGCUGUGGCUUUUGGAUGUUUCAGGGUCCAAUGCUGCAAAGGUUCGCCAACAAGAAGGUGUACGUGUUCAUGUACGGCGUGGUGGGCUGCAUCUUUUCCGCCACCUAUGCGUACUUCAACGGUACGAUCACGACGCUCGAAAAGCGCUACAAAAUUCCGAGCAAAAACACUGGCAUUAUCUCGGUCGGGAACGACAUCAGCGCGCUGCUGCUGUCCGCCAUCUUAAGCUACUACGCCGGGAAGGGCCACCGGCCGCGCUGGAUCGCCUUCGGGCUGCUGAUGAUAACGGCGUUCUGCUGGCUGACCGCCCUGCCCCAUCUGCUGUACGGGCCGGGGGAGGCCGCCCUCUCCCUGACCACCGAGUACGGUGCAACGUACGAUGCGAACCAGACGGCCGAGGUGAUGGAAGCCCAGAAGGCCAAAAUCCUCUGCCGCACGAAUGCCACUCGCGGUGCGGAAUGUGAACGGGAGGAGGGCACCCUGGCACCACAGAUCGUGCUGUUUAUCGCCCAGUUUAUCUCCGGCAUUGGAAGCUCGCUCUACUACACGCUGGGCGUCUCGUACAUGGACGAUAACAUCAAGAAGUCGAAAACACCGGCCCUGGUCAGUGUGUCGUACUUUCUGCGCAUGCUCGGACCGGCCAUCGGGUACACGCUGGCGUCCUACUUCCUGAAGCUGUACAUCUCGCCCUCGAUGACGCCGACGAUCAGCAAUACCGACCCGCGGUGGCUCGGUGCCUGGUGGAUGGGAUGGUUGAUACUGGGCGCCGUCCUUGCCUUCUUCGCCAUCUUUAUGGCCAUGUUCCCGAAGCAGUUGCCACGUGCGGCCGCCCGGAAGCGUAUCGCGCAGGAAAAGCGCCGCCUGGGCAUGCAGCUGAGCGAUGCGUCCAAGCGCGAGGAUGAGCUGCCCGCUUCGUUCAAGGAUAUGCUGAAAACCUUCAAACGUUUGCUGCGCAACAAGAUCCUGAUGCUCAACAACAUUGCCUCGGUGUUUUACUUCUUCGGCUACAUGCCGUACUGGAUCUUUACGCCCAAGUACAUCGAGACGCAGUACAAACAGUCGGCCUCCACCUCGAGCUUGGUGACGGGCACGGUUGCGCUAUGCUUUUCCGCGAUCGGUGUGCUCCUGUCCGGGCUGGUGAUCUCCAAGUUUAAGCCCCGCGCACGGUACAUGGCGGCGUGGAAUGUGAUCGUGGGUCUGCUGUCGGUGAUGGGCAUGAUCGCGUACGCGUUUCUGGGCUGCUCGGCUAGCGAGAACUCGGUUAUCGUUAACAUUCCUUCGCAAACGGAUCUUACGCCCACGUGCAACUCGGCCUGCCAGUGCGAUUACGUCAAGUACUCGCCGAUCUGUGGUGAGGACGGUAACACCUACAUCUCGGCCUGUCACGCCGGCUGCAAACGUCAGAACCAGUACGGUGAUCUCAAAAUUUACGGCGAGUGUUCGUGCAUUACGCCGGUGGUCAAUUACACCAGCCCACUGUACAAUCAGUUGCUGACGGGUGGCAAUCACACCACCACCAGUACCGCUGCAGCUCGGGAUGAGAAUAUGUUCUCACUAGGCGGAUCGGCCAUUGCGGGACCGUGCCCGCUGAACUGCCAGAAAGAGUUCAUCACCUUCCUGGUGGUGAUGUGCUUCCUGAAGUUUUCUGGCGCCACUGGCCGGGCAAGCAACUUCCUCGUGUCGGUGCGCUGCGUCGACGAGAAGGAUAAGGCCGUUUCGAUGGGUUUCGGCAUGAUGGUGCUGAGUUUGAUGUCGUUCAUACCUAGCCCGAUCUUUUUCGGGCUCGUGCUAGACAAGACCUGCCUGGUGUGGGGCAAAACGUGCACCGGCAAGGGCAACUGUUGGCUGUACGAUGGGGAAACGUUGAGGUAUUUGCUGAACUUCAUUGCAGCGGCUUUCGUGCUGGUGGGCACGCUGUUCGAUUGCGGUGUGUGGUAUUACGUGAAGGAUUUGAAAAUCUUUGACGACGAGGUUCAGGAUAAGGAAAUUGCGCUCGCUGAUAAGGAGGAGGAAGCGAUCACGGAUCGACCUACGUAGGCGGUGCACUUUGGGUAGUGUAAGUGUUGUUUUGUUCCUAGUGUCGUUAGCGGCAGGAAAACGGGUUGCCUAGUGAACGAGGAAACGGUUAUGUAUAGUGAAACUAUGACGAUUAUUUAAAUAAUUAGAUAUCUGCUAAGAAAUGAAAAGAAUCAAAUUUCUCACUUGA